AGACACCUAAAACAUUUAAUGUGAGACUUAAUUUCCUUCUUGUCUUCUGUUCUCGAUCAAAUCUGCACUUUGUCGUUCAAAUAUUUGAACGCAAUGAGUUGUCCCUCGUUCAGCACGGUCAAUGCUCGCAGCCCUUUGCCGGUGAGUCGGUGCGAGCAGGCGCACUCUGAACGGACAUUCCCCUUCCCGUCUGCAUCGAGAACCGGGCAGUCGGCGGCUCCGCCACCGCCCCCGGUCCAGCGGCCUAGUUCCUCACGGCUCGAUCUCGCUCACUCUGACCGGCGCCUGUCUGCCGGCUGCAUUCUUAUUCGGACACGACGCGUAACCUUUUCCUUUGCGUCAGAAAAUACAUGCGCACCGCUGAUUAUCGUUUCUUUUUUUUUAAUGUUUGAUCCAUCGGAGUGUGCUCUCCGGGCUGACUCAGUGCGAUGAGCCGGCAGGGCGGUGGGCAACAGCCAGCCUGGGCCAGGCAUGCCCUGCCUGCUAAGUUUGUGCUGACGGCCUGCGCCGCCGCUGUGGCAGAGACAGUAACGUUUCCACUUGAUUUGACUAAAACAAGACUUCAGAUUCAAGGGGAAGCAGCUGAUCAAUUGCAUAAAACAUCGAAGCCUUACAGGGGAAUGAUACAGACAGCCUUUGGAAUAGUUAAAGAGGAGGGCCUGUUUAGGCUGUGGCAAGGUGUCACUCCUGCCAUCUACAGACAUAUAGUGUAUUCAGGUGUACGGAUGGUUGCAUACGAACAGCUUCGUGAUUCACUACUUAAGAAGAACGAUGAUGGCUACUUCCCUUUGUGGAAAGCUGUACUGGGAGGAAUGAUAUCUGGUGCCAUUGGACAAUUUUUUGCCAGCCCAACAGAUCUGGUGAAAGUUCAGAUGCAGAUGGAGGGGAGAAGGCGACUUGAAGGAAAGCCUCCAAGGAUCCAUGGAGUCUACCACGCUUUUGUCAAAAUUUUGUCCGAAGGUGGAAUUCGAGGAUUGUGGGCAGGUUGGAUACCAAAUGUGCAGAGAGCCGCCUUAGUCAGCCUGGGAGAUCUAACUACCUAUGACACAGUGAAACACUUCUUAUUACGAAACACAGCUCUGAAGGAUGGUAGCUUGUGCCACGCUUUAUCAAGCAUUUGUGCAGGACUAGUUGCUGCUACCAUGGGAACACCUGCAGAUGUCAUUAAAACCAGAAUAAUGAAUCAGACAAGAGACAAACAAGGAAGGGGCUUACUAUAUACGUCCACGUAUGAUUGUCUGAAGCAGACAAUAAAGAGAGAAGGAUUAUUGUCAUUAUAUAAAGGGUUUCUGCCAACUUGGGCAAGAAUGGCACCUUGGUCAUUGACAUUUUGGCUCACAUUUGAACAGAUCAGAAAAUUAACAGGCCUCAGUUCAUUUUGACGUCUACUAGAUCUAAUAUAACUUCUGUGAAGUUCCGCUUUGACAACUGUGAUGCUGGAGUGUAGGGAGAAAAAUGGAAAUAAAAUUGACUCUUUCACUUGCUCAUUGUGGGUAUCAAAAUGUUAUGGUUAGUACUAACUCUGCCCCCCAUAAAACAGAAAAUUCUGGAGAUACUUUGGUGUGUAAAUUUUAUCUACUCGAAUUCAAUAUAGUACAGCUUUAGAAAGUGAAAAGUAAAGAUCACUUUUUUAAAAAAAUAAUCUGGCUUCAGCUUAUAUUAAUAUUGUUUUGUGUUCCCAGAUACUGCAUUUCCAUUAAGUAUUACAGAUGAUGGAUUCCUGAACUUUUUUUUUAAAAGAGGUGGAAAUAUUCAGAGGUUUGGACAGAAGUUUACAAAUAUGAUACCUGAUCUGCAUCUUCACAGACACUGUUUCACCUGCUGAAUAUUUCUAAUAUUUUCUAUUAAAUGAAAUUGUUUGAGUCUACAGACAAGACCUUGUUGGUGGAUCAGAAUGCAAUUGUCACAAUCUAGAGGGAGGGUGAGUGAAGUGUUGGGAGAUCAUCAAAAGACAACACUAUCAUCAUGUACAUUUGUUUGCCUUACUGUCCAAUUUAUUAGUACAGUACAGUAAAACAAAUUUAUCUAUAUUCCAAAGCAAGUUAAAUUGUACAGCACAUACUUUCAAAUCAAAAGAAUUGGUAAUUUAGCUGGUGUUAGUCUUUAAGAAGGAUUACAAUUGGUUGUUGAUUUCUGACCAUUUACUCCUUGUAGUGGUUAGAAAAUUAAAGAAAAAUAAUUUUAUCUUCAGUCUGACCUUUGAUUUAAGAUUCUUGUAUUUACCCUGUUUCUUAGCCAGGUGUAUCUAUAGUUUGGCUGUAACCUCCAUAUUGUCCUAACAAUUGUCAGUGCUUCUCCUUUUAAUAAUGAAUAUUCUGCUAGAUUUUCAAAGAACACUAACUGGUGGUUCUUUGUGAGGUCUAAUGUCAUGUUCUUUAAGAUUUGCUGAUAUUUUCCUUCAUUGUUUUUAGGUUUGUGUCAUGCUAUUAAUUUUGAUGUUUACAAUUCCAGUUAUACAGAGUGCAAAAUUCUAGGCGCAGGGACAUAGCUAGGGUGCCUAAGACCUUUGCACAGUACUGUAUUUGUUGUUAACUUGAAGAGGAGAGCGAGUUUGUAAAUCUGGCGGGAGCAAAGUAUGUUGGGAAUGGUGAGGGUGGAGCACCAGGGCGGGAAUGGUGUGAGUGCAUACAGAAUUGAUGGAUCAUUACAGAAUGUCUUUUGGUGCUUCCUGCUCCUUCCCUUUUUACCAAAUAUGACUCCUUGUCCCCUUCCCACUCUCAGUCCACAAAAGAGACCCAUAUCAGAAUCAGGUUUAUCAUCACUCACGUAUGUCAUAUUUGUUUUUUUUUUGUGUGGCAGCAGUACAGUACAGUACUGUGCAAAAGUCUUAGGCUUCCUAGCUAUAUUUAUGUGCACAGUAUUAUAGAUGGAUGUUAAUUUUUUUAAGGCAACCUUUCCUUGAGGCAACCUUUCAUUUUCAUUUGGUUGGUUGGUUUUUUUAUAUUUUAUCAGUAUUGCACCCUCAUGUCACUAUUUAGUUUAAUCCAAAUAUGUACUAUUUUAAUAGGAUAAUCUUAUCAUAUGGCAUUCUGUAGUCUUCCACUUUCAAUCAUUCUUCUCUUUCUCGUGAGUACUAUUUUUUUCCUAGUUAAUAGCUACAUUGUUAGAUGGUAUCCACCUGAUGGUCUUUUCUUCAAAUCAAUUGCUAUAGUCCUUGGUGUUCUGCAGUGGUAUUUAAUACCAUUGUAACAAUAAUAAGGACUUGUAUUUUAAGGCACCUGUAACAUUCCUACGUGCUUCAUCACAACACUAUCCAAAAAAUUACAAUUUAAAGAUAUAAAUGCAGACCAUAACCAGGUUGAUCUAAGUCGAAGAGAAUUAUCUUAGGGAGCAUUUUAAAGGAGGAAAGUAUUUUCAAGGGAAAUGAUUUUGAUAAUCAAAUUGGCACCAGAGGUGAAGUGACUAAAUUCAGAGAUAAGGAUGAGAAUUUAAGGAACACAGGUAAUCUGAGUGGUUGAUAGGCUGGAUUAUGAAUAUAGGGAGAAAAUAGACCAUUAGAAGUAUGAAAACAAGGAUGUGAAUUCUAAAGUAAAUGUAAUGUUUUGGGAUGAGAUUCACUCAGCAAUAUCAAAUGCAAAGACUAGAACAGGUAUGAUUUAAUGGACUGACUGUUGUGUUUUAUUCUGCCGAGCAAGUCUUCCAGUUUUGCUUUUGUUAUUUUAUUGAACAUGAGGGUUAUUUUAUUAACCAGCAAUGACAGUGGACAGCUGCCUUGUUCAAUUGCUUGUUGAUCUGUGGUAGUAUUGAUUUGUAUUUAUCCUUGCUAACAAUCAAUGCAGAUGCACCUCAAGGAUGUGUACUUAGCCCACUGCUCUACUCUGUUUACACUCAAGACUGUGUGACUAGCUGCAGCUCAGAUAGGAUAUAUAAAUUCACCAGUGACACCACUGUUGUUGGCAGGAUCUCAGAUAGUGAUGAAGAACAUACAGAAGUGAAAUAGAUGGCUGCUUGAGUAGUGUCCCACUCAAUGUCAGCAAGAUCAAGGAAUUGAUUGGGGACAUUAGGAGAGGCAAGUUAGGAGAAUCAGCCCUCAUCGAGCAGACACCAUUGGGAAGGAUGAGCAGCUUCAACUUCCUGGGUAUCAGCAUUUCGUAGAAUGUGUCUUGAGCCCAGCCUACUGAUGCAAUCAUAAAAAAAGGCAUCCCAGUAGUUCCACUUGAUUUGGAGUUUGAGGAGGUUUGGAACAUCACCAAAGUCGCUUCCCACUUUCUGCAGAUGUGCAGUAGAGAGCAUUCUGACUUGUGGCAUCACUGUCCAGUAUGGUGCCUCCAAUGUGCAGGAUCGCAAGAGGCUGCAGAGGAUUGUAGACUCUGCCAUCUCCAUCAUGGGUGCAAUCCAAUCCACCGUCGAAGACAUCUUCAAAGGUCAGUGCCUCGAGAAUAUGGUGUUGUUAACAAAGUCACUCAGCAUCCAGGACAUGCUUUCCUCUCAUUACUACCGUCAAUAAAGGUACAGUAGCUUGAAGGCCCACACCAAACAACUUAGGAACAGAUUCUUCCCCUCUGCCAUCAAAUUUCUGAACAGUCCAUGAACCUGUGUACACUGCCUCGUUAUUCCUCUUUCACACUUAUUUUAACUUGUUGUAAGCUUAUGUCUUUCACUAUACUGCUUCUGGAAACCAAAGUUCACAAUCUAUGUAGUGAUACUAAACCUGAUUCUGGUUGUGGUUGUCUUUGACUAAAUGCUUUUCCAUGUUAUACAUGAGCCUUUUCAGAAGACUUUCCUUCAGUAUUGUGAAUCACUUUGUAUCCACAAAGCUAAAAGAUGCAUUUAUAUUCAGCAAGUAAGGUAUUUCUUGAUAAAAUUUGUCAAGCAUUUAAAUCUCAUUUCCCAUAUCUAGCCAACUCUUGCAAAUUAAAUAAACAUAUAUUUUUAAUUUGUCUUCAUUUACAAAUCCUGUGCAUUCAUGGUACCUGUAGUUCUUAAAUUUAAUAGCUGUGAUUUUGGUUUUAGUAGUUCAACUCAAUUGUAUAGCCAGUUCUUUGCAAAUGUUAGGCAAUUUCGUUUGCAUCUAUUCUGCAAUGAGCCAAGAGAGUUCCUGCAUUUGUCAAGUCAAGUCGCUUUUAUUGUCAUUUCAACCAUAACUGCUGGUACAGUACACAGUAAAACCGAAAUAACGUUCCUCCAGGACCAUGGUGCUACAUGAAACAACACAAAACUACACUAGACUACCUGAAGCAACACAAAACUACAUUAGACUUCAGACCUACAUGGGACUACAUAAAGCGCACAAAACAGUGCUAGACAGUACAAUAAUUAACAAACAAGACAAUAGACACAGUGAAAUGGUAGAAAAGAUUUUGUCAUUCCCAAAUUGAUACGAACAGAAAUACCAUUUAGAAAUCAACAAAGAGGUGUUGUCAUCUCUUCUGAGAACAAUUGGAAGUCCCCUGAAGUAUGGAAGCAAUCAAAUGUAUGGUGAAAAUUCACUGAUAUUCUUAAAACUCAUUUAAAAACAUAAGCUUGGUUCAUGAAUAUAUAUUUACACUAUUUGGCAGCAUAGUGGCACACCCUGCACAGCUUCUGCAGUCUUGACUUAAACCUGAGUCCUCUACCUUCCCUCCCCCCCAUCCUGUCCAUGUGGAGUUUGCACAUUCACUCUACCCAUUGAUGUUCUGGAUUCAUCGCAUGUCAAAUGCAUGCACAUGGAAAGUUUAAAAGGCUACUGUAAAUUGCCCCUUGUGUACAAGGGAUGGAAAUGUGUGGGGAAUAAGUUACAGGAAAAUUAGUGAGGGAAUAUGAUUGAUUUGUGAAGUGGCAUUCUCAAUACAGAAAUUAUUUUUAACCUAUCUCUAUUGUGAAUAAAGUUACAAGUGACAGCAAAAUAAUACUUCUGAUUAUGACUGGAGAUCUAUUAAGAUCUCCUCUUCUGAAUGGUGGUUGGUCCAUGACAUCCUUGUGUACUCACUCCCAAAGCCUACAAAACAUCCAGCUGAUGUCAAUAGUGAGUUGGAUCCACAAAUUCUAUGCAAUAUAACUAAUUCCCCUAUCCUUGAAGAUAACAAACCUGUAAGAUUGUCUUGAUGACCUGGAUCUUGCAUUUGGUAGGUGCUAUGGGAGUAGUCAAGGCUGGUGACAUUUGCACUAAAGCAUUUUGUAGAUGGCAGAUACCACAGUCAUAUUGUGCCAUUGUGAUAUUCAGAUUUUUGAGUGGUGUUGGAGCUGUACCUAUCCAGGUAAUGAAGAGUAUUCCAUUCAUACUUCUGGCUUGUCUUUUUUAAUUAUAUAAAUCUAAGAUUUCAAUUUAGUCUCAGGUUGAUUUAGUGCACAUGAAUGCUGCUAAAAUGCUGUUAAUGAGCCAUUCUGUUCAAAUUAAGUGCAUACUCCAAGAGUGCCACUGAAUCCAUUCUGUAGCAAAACAUCCUUCAGGCCUUAUGAUCAGUAAUAAGUUGAAAAGACCACGUGCCUUCUUAAAAACAAUGUCUCACGAGCAGAUGAUAUCCCUGCUGAAGUUCUAGGAUCUUCACUUAUAAAAUCACAACCUCAUCUUGGAAAGAGGAAGCAUCAACCACUAUGCAUGGAUUUCUCUGAUCUUACAAGUCUUUGAAUUAAUCCAUUUAUAGUCUCAAAUUUGGCUGCUCCUGUAAAUUAAUCUGCAACGUGUGUCUUUUGUGAUCUUAACUAAUAGAUCCAAGCUCAGUACAGACUGAUGACACAGCACCCCAACACUUUUCCCAAUCUUUUUCCUCA